AUGAGAAAGCGUCGGCAGAAUUUCAUCAAGCGUGGACGUCGAAGAUAUUCGAUAAAGAAACGAGGCAGGAAAUACUUCGUGAGAUAUCGAAAUAAGUGGAAACGAACGAAAUUGAAAUGGAAGAAGCGAUAUCGGAGAGGUAGGUUUCAGUAGGUUUCACCAGUAGAAUAGAGAAAGAUGUUUUUGGUCUUAUUACGAGCGUGGGACCAAGAAAAAAUUCUGAGCCCCCAUAAACAUUAUUUACAAACAUGACGCUAUCGACAUUGUAGAUCCUAGCAGUAUGCAGCGUUUCAUAUGAACUUCGUAAUAGACCUCGCCCACCGUAGAGUCUCUGUGGCUCACUGGUAAAGCAUAGGAGAGGGGAAUCCGAAGGUCGGAGGUUCGAUUCCUCGUGGGGACUCAGAUUUUUUUCUUUGUCCCACGCUCGUGACAAGACGAAGAACAUCUUUCUCCAUUUCUUUACCAAGCUCAAAACUUAGCAUCUGUCUUAUUCUAUGUACCAAUAGAAUAGGUUUGAGUAUUAUGGCGGUGAUAGUUUUUUCCCCUUUAUUUUCUAAUCAGAGACAUCAUAAUUCUGUCCCGAGUUUUGAAUGAAACGGAAACUCCAUUUCAUAUCCAAAAAGCAAUGAGGAGAUUGAUCUUUUGGAAAAUGAGAGAAUGAUAAAUAAAGAUUUUAACUUUGGCCACGCCCUGUAAUGGUCAGAUGUACAUAUAUCAGCUUGAAAAUGUUGUCGGGCGAAUCAUUACGGGUACAGGUUGCCCGAGGCAAGGAUGACGUACGAGCAUUUUGGAACUUAUUAGAAGCCAAGAAAGUAGCCAUUUACCUGGUGUGUCGAUGGAUUCUUUUAGGAAGGCGACGUUACAGGAUCCGUCGAAGACGACAAAAGAGGAGGCGGCUUCGACGACGUAGAAGACGGAAAAGGAGAAGGCGACGAAGGCGACGAAGGCGAAUCAGAAGGAAGCUCAGACGACGUAAGUAUAUUAGGUUGUACCCCAGCGGUGUUCGUGCUGACAUUGUUUAAUGCAGCAUGAAAUUUUGGCACUAACCUUUUUUUUCAGCGGAACCGGGGUUUGGUAAAGGCAAUGUCAAGCAGAAAGGGCGAAGAAACAGUUAGAAUUUUUGAGCAUUUAUGGUGAUAAUUUGCCUGAAUGAUCUCGUUACUAGCACUUUACGGGAUAAUCAUUACUAGAACUUUAUUAGGUCAUUAUUAAUUUUGGAGUGGUAAAAGAAAAUUUAAGUAUAAAUAUGAGCUGAGUUUCUGAUCCUAUCGAAGUUUAUAUUGAUCGCACUUGCUUUAACCCUUUAACUCCCGUGAGUGAUCAAGACAGAAUUUCUCCUUACAUUAUCAAUACAAUUGCAAGCAGACAAGUGAUGAGAAUAAAGAGAAAUAGCAAUCUGGGGAUUAUCAGUUGAUCCAGUAACAAAUUCUCAAAACUAAAAUCCUAAGAAUUGUACAGCUGUCAGCAAGGAGAAUUACUAACGGAAGUGAAAAGGUUAAGCAACAUUGGUUAUAAGUAUUACGAAUCGAUAGGGUGCUAUCCCGUCUCAAAAAGGAAUAAAAAUGUUUGGAAGGUAAUUUACGCGCAAAUUUAAAAAUUUGUCAUCAAACCAGGGUCGAAAUAGGACUUGUGUGUCAUUUUUUUCCAUCGGAAGGGAACUGAAUCAGCAAAUUUUCCCUAAGAUAAAUUAGGCGAAAUUUUUGUAGAAACAGCUUGUGUCACCUAAUUAAAUGGUAGAAUUUUAAUAAAAAGGUUUAAAUACGCUUUCAAAAGCUUUUCAAAUCGCUUUUGGACAGAUGUACUUACCGAAAUUGAUUCCAAUUUGUAGGAAGAAGAGCAUCAAGGAUACGCUUUGGACGUAAAUAUCGCACAAUAAAAUAUCGCAGACAGUACAUCAUCCGAUACAACAAAAGAACAACUCGAUUACCUAAUUUCAACCGGCGUGGACUAACAAUCCGUGUAUUUAAACGACAGAGGCGAAUUUUCAGAGUGCGCAGACGAUGGUACAUUAAGAUAGGACGAAGAACGGUUCGUGUUGUGCGACGUGGCCGCCGUCACGCUAUACGCUGGAAAAAAAAAUGGGUGUGGUUGAGUUGGAGAUUUAGAAUUCGCUUUAAGGGCGUCACGCGGGUGAUUAGGUGUCGUGGAAGACGUUGGAGAAUCCGUAUAGGAAAACGCUUCAGACUUAUUAGAAAACGCAGAACACCCUACAUCAUAGCUGGACGGAGACGAUAUCCAGUGAAAAAAGCAAAAGGAGGAAGAUAUCGUAUAUGGGUGAAAACGAAAUGGAGUAGAGCAAAGAGAGUCAAACGACCGCGGCGAAGACGUAAGUAACAAAAUUUUGCUAAGUGCGAUUGAUAGUUUCUUUUCGGGUAAAAAAUAUGUUGGACCAUAGUGUUCGAUACAUUCUCCUUCUCACAGCUGUCAACAGGGUUUAGCUGAAAGCACUUCGUUUGGCGCGUAUUUUUCGCUGAGUUCGUACCGAUCAAAGAAUUAAUUGAGCGCCGAAGGAGUGAACUACCACUCUGGACAUUUAUAUGAUUUUCUUGGGGCUCGGAAAUUAGAAGUUCAAUAAUCACUUUCAGACCGCGGUCUCGGACUUUUUGUUCUCACAGUUACCGUUCUAUUUGUGGCUUCGGUGUUGCGUGUGUUCCUUUGUGUUUGAAUUUAACUUAAUAAUUUUUUUAAACUCAGACUUCUUUCCCAAUAAAAACCAGGCUAAUAAGAAAGUAUAGAUGGACACGAGUGGGGCUGUACUUUAGCGAGGGUUGCCCGUUUCGUCAGAUAGUCAAGACUGUUUUUUGCUGUCUUUGUGAUAUCACAUCUUUUCUGGUGCGCCAAUGAUAUCGUUAUUUAGACUGCGUCAGUUCUCAAUUUGGAACCGGUACUUUCGCAUGUCUAUCAUUUAUUGUUGAAAAGGAAAGAAUACUAAAAGAAGUAAAGCUUUUUAUCAAUCAAACUUCUAAUCAUAAACAAUCAGAUAAUUUUUUGAAACAAACGGAAUUGUCGCCAACGGUUCGAGUAUUUGAAGGUAGUUUGAGUAAUCAACGCAGCAAAAGUACAAUGAAGCUGAAAGGUACUUUUGCAAGGAGUACGCAUGCACACUUGAUACAUGGAAUUUUGUUUCACCAUUUUUAACUGUUGCCAUUUUAUUAUCUUAAAGAACGUAGAUUGAAUAAUUUGAACGAUAUACCGGUACUCUUGAUUUCAUAUUCCAUUAAAAUUGCGAGUGGGUUUUGUCCGUUUUCGAAGACCUUUUACAUUAUUCAUACGUGGACACACUUUGUGUCAUUUGACACGGUUUCUCGUGUCAUUUUACUCACUCGAACUGCGUGCCAUUUCACUGGCGGGCGUGCAAUUUUGCUCACUUAAACUGCGUACCAUUAACUCCAAAACUUAUUAUUGCUCCCCUUGACAUACUCCUUUGUUUUUACAGAUUAGAAACAGCCGUGUCGUUCAUUGUUAUUUAGCAUGCCAUUUUACCGUGCCCGUACGUUCGCCUGUUCACAUGUUUUCCUGUGGAGGGUCAUAUAUUAAGUUGGUUGGCUAUUACCUCACUCUCACUCUCCAAGUAUAUUUUAGGCCAUUCCAACUAUCUCAAAAUUCCAAUUUCGAGUUUAAAAAAGCUCAAGAGUUUACCUGAGAGCACAUCCUGAAAUAGGGUCUCGUAAUUUUCCCCAUGUUUUCUUGUAUAUGCAUAUUAUUCCAUUUACAAAGAUAGGGGAAAGAUACUUCGCGGACAUCUGUUGAUUGAUUUUGUCUCGUUAGGCAAACCAAAUUGGUACAAGCGAAUGAUUAAAAGAAGGCGACGAAGGCGAAGGAGACGACGUCGAAGACGUCGUAACCGACGUUAUAGGCGGAGACGAACCCGUCGAAAACAGCGACGCAGAAGACGAAGACGAAGACGAAUGAGACGAAAGAGACGACUGGGAGGUAAACAACAUUUACAUCGUUUUGAAAAAGAGUAGUGUCUCUAAUUCAUAGAAGAGAGUGGCCUUUUCCAUUGCUAGUGAACGCUUUCAUCACACUCCAAAAUACGAUUUAACAUGGUGACUGAUUAUAUUCCCCCACAAAAUGCGUGGAACAGAGAAUGGUUCAAAGAGAAUGCUUUAUGUUUUUCUGUUGAACUAUUUUUACAGCGUGUGAUUGUUUAUCAAUUUUCUCUUUUAACCAGGGGAAUACAUUCCAGUGAUAUUAGUGUCAAAACGAAUAGAGCGAUGCUGUCCAAAAUUUUUCAAAACACUUCACGACUAUUUUCAUCCCCCCCAAAAAAAAAUCUUUGGUGGCCAACAGCCAAAAAUAUGUUUUUAAAGGGGCAAUCAUCCAUUUUGCAGUAUCUUUCGUCGGCUCCAUGAAUAUAGUUAGAAAGUGGUACCUUUGCAAAAUAUUUAUUGACCUUUGACGUUCAUUUGCUCGUACUUCCCUCUCUCUGUUAACAGGCUGGAGGCGACGUAAAAUUAAUUUCAGGGGAAGGUUCCGUAUUUUGCGUACAUCUAGACCUCGAUUAAGUAUCAAAGUGAAAGGAAUCCGGUACAGAAUCCAUCUAGGUAGAAAGUUGAUGAGGAUCAGGUACGGCGGAAAAUAUAGAGUAGUGAUAUCCAGAGGGAAAUUACCGUACCUUAAGAUUGGAAAGACUUUAUACCGCAUCUACAUCCGCGGACGUUAUUGGAAUAUAAGAAGAGGGAGAAGAUUGCUCCGCUUACCAAAGGUUGCGAGGUACUAUUUCAUGAGAAAAUGGCGACAGGCAAAAUGUAGCGGGAAAAGACUAUACAUCAGGUACAUGCGGCGCUGGUUCCGUGUCAUAAGACAAAAGGGGUAUACCAUCCGCUAUCGUGGUAGAAAAUUAAGGGUGAAGAGGACACGUAAAGGAUACAAAGUACGCUUUGGGGGUCGCUAUGGAAAGGCUCGAAGAGGUAAGAUGGAGACGAAAUUAAAAAAUUAUUUAUCUAUCCAUCAGACGCCCCAAAAGUAACUAGGGGUCCAUUGAAAAGCUUGACGGAAAAUAUGGAGAAACCUCAAGGAAACGUUGUGGCUUCUAACUUCUUCAAUAAGAAUUAAACUACCAAACGGUAUGAAAUAACAGAGGCGAGACGACCAAACGUUAUGAAAUAACAGGGGCGAGAUGGAUGAAACAACAUUUACAAAUAGAAGUCUAAGAGGGGAUUAGAGUGAUGAUGAGAAAAUAAGAAUUUCAGGUCGCAGUGUUUUCUGUGAGUUUGAAUCACUGAUGAGCGAAGUUUAAAGUCAAUAGUGAGCUCAAGCCAGUCGUGCUGCUCAGGCGUUGUCCCUUUGUCAUGGAUACUUUUCAAAGUAUUUUGGAAUAGGCUAGUUGGAUAUUUAAUUAGCUGUAUAGGAUAUACUCUCCAUCAGUACGAUUAUACCGUAACCAAAAUCAUUUGUAACUACAGCGAGGAAAAGAAGAACCAGGAGAAGAGGGCGCGGAAGACUUCGACGAAGAAGGGGAAGGCAAGUGAGGAGGAGGAGACGGUACGGACUAAGAAGGAGAGGACGGCGGGGAAGACGACGACGUGGAAGGAAGUACGGAUUACGACGUCGACGACGAAGAAGACGUGGUAGAAGGUACAGACUAAGAAGAAAAGGAAGACGGCGACGUGGAAGAAGAUAUAGAUUACGGCGUCGACGACGAAGAAGACGUGGUAGACGUUACAGGUUAAGGAGAUAUCGUGGACGAAGGCGUAAGUGUUAAUUGUCAAUUUUAAGGUUAACGAUUGACCCAGUAGGAAUUUUGAAACGGUGUUUAUGGAAUGGAAAUGAUAGCACUUUAUCUAAUUAGCAUAGAUCAACACGAAAGCAAUGCAAUUCAUAGGUCAUCCUUUGAAAAGGUAAUUGCGUUAAUUCCUUCCUCUAAACUCUCGAAAAUUGUGAGUAGAUAAUGAAUAUAAAAUUGUAGUAUUUGGUCAAUCUAUCAUUAAAGUAAGCUGGAUUUCCCCACGUUAAGGGUACCGAUUUUCUUUCCAAAAUAUUAGGAGCGUCGUUAGUGAUUCGCCUCUUUGAAAUAUUUCUAUUAUCAAAAGGGUCUUUUUAUCUAGACGUUCGUAUGAAAAAGAAGAUCAUAUCUUUAAGAUUUUGGCCUUUUCCAGCUACAUGGAAUAUCGGGUGAUUUUUUAGGAGCGACUGCGAAAUUAAGCUUAAACUCGAAGGGCUCUUUCUUGUGAAAUUUUUAGUUGUAAAGAGUAAAACUUGAAGAAGCCAGGCGGUCACCAUUUUAUUCUUUGCCAAUACUUUGCUUCAGAAACCCAUACUGACUUGAGAACUAAGACUUGCCGUAUAGACACGUCUUACACAUCUUCUUCUCUAAAUAAGGUCGCCCAAGACUCUACUUCAAAGGACGUUACCGACGUUUGAGAAAGGGAGGAAAAGUAUGGUACGCGAAAAUUGGUGGACAUAGAUUCAUACUUCGCAGAACCGGUCGUCGAGUGAAAAUUUACUACAAGAAACGAUGGCGUCUAAGUAAUAAGAAACGCGGAAAGUGGUACAUCUGGUAUGGAAGAGGGUGGAAGCCUAUCGUGAGGCGUCGAGGCCACUGGUUUGUGAAAAUCCGUCGGCGCCUACAACGGCUAAGAAUGAAGGCGAAUCUGUUAAUGAUCAAGGUCAGACGGAUCUGGGCACGCAUGAUGAUGCUGAAGAGGCGGCUGUACGUUAAGAUCGGUCGUAAAUGGAAUCGAGUGGUUAAACGUCGAAUGUAUCGCAUACGCUAUCACGGCCGCAACCUUCUGGUCAAGAGGAAAGGAAAAAGCGCUUCUGUUCGAUAUCACAGACGUUGGUGUCGCAGGAGAAGGAUAGUGAAGAGACAACCUCGUCGCUUGUGUAAGUAAAUUCAUCUUUAUCGUUUGCCUUUAUCAUAUCAGACUUGAAUAGUGACUACUACCGGACAUGAAACGAGGACGUUGCAGUGUGCAUGUAUCACAUAAUGAAAUAAGAACUUAGCUCUUUUUUAAUCCCGCCGUAAAAAAGACCUAAGCUAUGAUUUUGAAGAUAAGCUUUAGAAUCACGUUCAAAGUGUGCUUACAGAAACCCUCUCCUUUCCGUUUGCCGACUUCAUUCUAAAUUUUGUGAGAACUAAAUUUGUCUCAUUAGUAUUGUUGAUUCUUUCAAUGUCCUUUGUCGUUUCAUAAAUACGCGCUAAGUCAAACUUCGAACCUUUUUUGAGUGCGUGUCCUGAUAAGAAGCAGAACCUUCUUCCGUUUUCAAUAUAUUUUUUUGCCACCUUAGGGGUGUAAAAAAUGGUGGAAAAUUACCCUCAAAAUAGACGAAUAGAAAAAGAACUUUCCAACGGGGAAAAGUGGCAUAUCCUACACCGGCAAGCUUUUUUGGAAUAAUUAGGCAAUACAUUUCAUUUUGACAUAAUUUAAAAACACAAAGUACAGCGCUUUCUUUGUGAAGCUUUUUAUCACAAACCUGGCGCUUCUACUGAGUUAGUGAGUGAUCAUAGGCACUCCACUUUUUUCAGCGAGGAGACAAAGAAGGCGACUGCGAAGAAGGAGGAGGAGGCGGGUUAGGAGACGACAGCGUCGGAGGAGAAGACGAAGAAGGCGAAGAAGAAGACGUAGACGGAAGCUUAGGAGAUAUGGACGGCGACGACCACGACGUAUGUAUUUUUGUUUAAGCUAGCAGAAAGCCAGUCGAUUCCAUACUACUAUAAAGGUGUUGAUGUGAAAAUCAUCAGCCGGGCAUACCGGUUUUAGUGAGGACUAUUUAAAUUCGCCAUUCGCCGAGUCAGUCCAAUAAAAUCGCUAUUUUGUACAUUGUCAGUUACUUUCGUUUACUUUGCCAGCGUUUGAGAUCCCUUAAACUUGUCUGCUUUCCCUGAUUACAAAUUAUUAUGCGCCAAUCUGUAAGUAAAAGGGCGGAAAUGGUUCGCAAAAAGUUCGAAUUUCCAUCUCAAGAAACCCACAGUUCACUCCUCAAUUCUAUUCCUAAAUGUACCGCGUGUAAUAAAGCUUUUUACCAUUGAAACAAAUUAAGUACAAUUUUAUUUCACGAAAAAACGCAUCAUACAGAAAGACCUAAAGACGCAACAGAAGAUGACGACGAGGAAGCGUAAGUAGCUUGAGUCCAAAAAAAGAGAAAAGUAUCCUGAAAAAAACAUUUUAACAUUUCAGGUGAAUUGGCAAAUGUCACAAGUUUACUUACAUUUUAAACUUUGCCCUCGGUGAUGUACGAAAGUCAGGAAUUAUAUUUUGCAAGAGAAAAUUAAAUGAACUGUCAUGACUUCAACGAAUUGACAGUAUUAUGAUCGACCAAAGUUCCGUUGACUUGGUGGAUCUUAAGCAGGCCUCUUGAGUACUGACAUGUUUCUGUUGCUUCCGCGGCUGUAUGACACUUUUAAAAAUAUUUAAGAAUAGCUAUUCACAUUUUGAUGCGUUUGGUUUUAGGUGGAAGACGCCGCAGAAGAGGACGACGAGGAAGGCGUAAGUAUUCGGCGUCCAAAACCGAGCAAAAAUAAAAACGGAAAACCAUUUUAUGUGCAUGACAAUUUUUGGAUGCGUGUAAACAUGAUAAAUUGUGCUCCCUAGGCAAUCUAUUAUAAAAAAAAAAAGGUGAUGAACUUUUAUAACUUGGCUUAAGAUGAUCGGCUUAAAUUCCAUUGACUUCGAGGAUCGUGAGCAGCCCCUUGCGCGAUCAUUCGAAUUUGAACGUCACCUUGAGGAUCGCUUUGUCCCUUUCUACAGGUUAUUUUCAUCAUUUAUCAAUAGGGUGCCUUUUUCUACUACAUUAUUCCUUUUUUUCCUAUGCCACAGUGUGCGUUUAUAUUUGAACGAGCAUUUAACUGAUCCAAAUUACAAUACUAGGAACGGCUAAAAGGUGCAAGUGUUAAAAUUUUGGAUUGCUAUCGACAUAAUGUUACUCGCAAGAGGGGUUGGAAAUAGCAUGGAAUUAGUUUAGGUAAUCUCGCGAGAAUAGUCAUAAAAACAUAAAUAAAAUUCUUUGGAGGAGAGAAAAGUAUUUACCACAAGGGCAUCUAAAUAUCCGUCUCUAAUUAUCCGUAGAGUGAUUUUAUUGCUUUCACGUGAAUAGCAAUAAUCAGUGUACUGAAUGAAUUGUAGUAAGCGGAGUCAGUGAAUAAUCUUGUCGUUUUAUACAGGAAAGAGAUACGUCCGCUACCGUGGAAGACGACGACGUGUAAAGAUCAAAAGGAAAUACUUCUUUGGACGGAAACGUAUUCGUAGGUUCAGGAAGAAAAUAAGGAUUUUGGUCCGAGGAAAAUACAGGAAAAUAAAACGUUUCGGCAGGCGAUGGCGAGUGCGAAUUAGAAGGAGAUGGUGCGGACUGCGAAGAGUCGGUCGAAAGUGGUACUUUAAGAGAAAAAGGAAAUGGAGAAAGAUUACUAGAGUAACACUUAGAUUGAAAUAUAGAAAGAAAAGAAUUCCGAUAAGACGGCGAAGGAAGAAGUGGUACGUACGACGAAGAAAGCGAUGGAGGCGUGUAAGGCGUAGAGUUCGUUGCAGCAUCCGCGUUCGAGGAAGGCGAGUGAGGGUGAGGCUGAUUGGUAGAAGACGCGUAAGAAUCACCAAGAAUGGUAGAACAAGGAGGAUUCGCUUCAGACGUAAGUAGGCUAGGAAAGUUAACGAUGAAUUACAACUUGCUCAAUAAAACAUGCUUAUGUUGAACAAGAAUGGCUCGCCGAAGAAAAGAUGCAGCGAAAGGUUUCCUUUGAGUAUUCACAUUUUGGUGCGUUUGGUUUUAGGUCGAAGACGAGGUAGAAGAGGACGACGAGGAAGGCGUAAGUAUUCGGCGUCCGAGUAAUUCUGACUAGCUUGACGAGUAACUCUGUUGUACAAAGGAAGGCUGAUUAAACUUUAUGAGUAUAAAACGACAAUUGUAGCUUCAAGAUUAUCGCCGCAAAUAUGAUGCAAAUCCAUUUUUUCGUCCAAUGAAAUUCCGUUGACUGCGUGGAUUAUUCACAGGCCUCUUUGCGCCAUAGUAUGAAUUUUUGCAGGUCACUGUGAGGAUUCGCUCUAGAAGUAAGGUGGUUACGAAAGUUAACGAUUGAUAACAAGUUGAUAAUUAAUUGUGUUUACAUGUUAAAUUUUGCUCGUGGUGAUAUACAAAAGUCGUGCCAAUUUCCUCUAGGGUAUUCUGUGAUUUUACCCAGGUCGAGGAUGCGUUUAUCUGAAGGAGCAUUCAACCGAUCGAAAAUACAAGACUAAAGACAACUUAAAAAUGCAGCUGUAAAAAUGUAGAAUUUAAAUCCACAUAAUAUCACUCAUUAGCUAAAAAAGAAAAAAAGAAAAAAAUAGAAUUCAAGUUACUUGCGAGAAGAGCAAACAUUUCAAAGUACUAGGGGUAUCUAAUUAAUUUUCUCGAAAAAAUGGCGCUGGAAGCCAAAGAAACAAUUGUCGGAGGAGAGGAAUAAGGAAACAUAUUUGCCACAAUUUUAUCUUUUUUUUAAACAGGAAAGAGAUACGUCCGCUUCCGUGGAAGACGACGACGUGUAAAGAUCAAAAGGAAAUACUUCUUUGGACGGAAACGUAUUCGUAGGUUCAGGAAGAAAAUAAGGAUUUUGGUCCGAGGAAAAUACAGGAAAAUAAAACGUUUCGGCAGGCGAUGGCGAGUGCGAAUUAGAAGGAGAUGGUGCGGACUGCGAAGAGUCGGUCGAAAGUGGUACUUUAAGAGAAAAAGGAAAUGGAGAAAGAUUACUAGAGUAACACUUAGAUUGAAAUAUAGAAAGAAAAGAAUUCCGAUAAGACGGCGAAGGAAGAAGUGGUACGUACGACGAAGAAAGCGAUGGAGGCGUGUAAGGCGUAGAGUUCGUUGCAGCAUCCGCGUUCGAGGAAGGCGAGUGAGGGUGAGGCUGAUUGGUAGAAGACGCGUAAGAAUCACCAAGAAUGGUAGAACAAGGAGGAUUCGCUUCAGACGUAAGUAGGCUAGGAAAGUUAACGAUGAAUUACAACUUGCUCAAUAAAACAUGCUUAUGUUGAACAAGAAUGGCUCGCCGAAGAAAAGAUGCAGCGAAAGGUUUCCUUUGAGUAUUCACAUUUUGGUGUGUUUGGUUUUAGGUCGAAGACGAGGUAGAAGAGGACGACGAGGAAGGCGUAAGUAUUCGGCGUCCGAGUAAUUCUGACUAGUUUGACGAGUAACUCUGUUGUAAAAAGGAAGGCUGAUUAAAUUUUAUUAUUAUAAAACGACGAUUGUAGCUUCAAGAUUAUCGGCGCAAAUACGGUGCAAAUCGGUUUUUUCGUCCAGUGAAAUUCCGUUGACUUCGUGGAUUAUUCACAGGCCUCUUUGCGCCAUAGUAUGAAUUUUUGCAGGUCACUGUGAGGAUUCGCUCUAGAAGUAAGGUGGUUACGAAAGUUAACGAUUGAUAACAAGUUGAUAAUUAAUUGUGUUUACAUGUUAAAUUUUGCUCGUGGUGAUACACAAAAGUCGUGCCAGUUUCCUCUAGGGUAUUCUGUGAUUUUACCCAGGUCGAGGAUGCGUUUAUCUGAAGGAGCAUUAAACCGAUCGAAAAUACAAGACUAAAGUCAACUUAAAAAUGCAGCUGUAAAAAUGUAGAAUUUAAAUCCACAUAAUAUCACUCAUUAGCUAAAAAAGAAAAAAAGAAAAAAAAUAGAAUUCAAGUUACUUGCGAGAAGAGCAAACAUUCAAAGUACUAGGGGUAUCUAAUUAACUUUCUCGAAAAAAUGGCGCUGGAAGCCAAAGAAACAAUUGUUGGAGGAGAGGAAUAAGGAAACAUUUGCCACAAUUUUAUUUUUUUUCUACACAGGAAAGAGAUACGUCCGCUUCCGUGGAAGACGACGACGUGUAAAGAUCAAAAGGAAAUACUUCUUUGGACGGAAACGUAUUCGUAGGUUCAGGAAGAAAAUAAGGAUUUUGGUCCAAAGAAAAUACAGGAAAAUAAAACGUUUCGGCAGGCGAUGGCGAGUGCGAAUUAGAAGGAGAUGGUGCGGACUGCGAAGAGUCGGUCGAAAGUGGUACUUAAAGAGAAAAAGGAAAUGGAGAAAGAUUACUAGAGUAACACUUAGAUUGAAAUAUAGAAAGAAAAGAAUUCCGAUAAGACGGCGAAGGAAGAAGUGGUACGUACGACGAAGAAAGCGAUGGAGGCGUGUAAGGCGUAGAGUUCGUUGCAGCAUCCGCGUUCGAGGAAGGCGAGUGAGGGUGAGGCUGAUUGGUAGAAGACGCGUAAGAAUCACCAAGAAUGGUAGAACAAGGAGGAUUCGCUUCAGACGUAAGUAGGCUAGGAAAGUUAACGAUGAAUUACAACUUGCUCGAUAAAUCAUAUAUGUGUUGAACAAGAACGGCCCACCAGAUAAAAGAUGCAGCAAAAGGUUUCCUUUGAGUACAAUUCGAAAGACUUAUUACCUAAAUACUAAGGGUGUGGACUGAAACUUUUCGAGUUGAAAUAAACCCAUAUUUUGGGAAAGUCAUGAACGAAUUUAAGAUUGAAAAAUCAUCAAAUAGAAAAUGUGUUAAAACGUUUACAUUGAGUGAAUACGACAGUCUUUUCCUCUUGGUUGGUUAGGCUUUAAGCUUUCAUGGUGUUUGCUUUUGAUAUAGGUUGCUCUUAAAAGAGACUGUAAAUAUAACUCGUAAAUACCUUUUUUUUUUCGCGUAGUAUGAUUUGGCUAUAGAUAAGCUAAACUUGACGAAUUAUUGAAAACUGACAUGUUCUGAGAUUAAGUCGCCUCCUCGGCUGUAUGGCAUUUGUUAAAUGUUUAUGAAUAGCUGGUCACAUUUUGGUGUGUUUGGUUUUAGGUCGAAGACGAGGUAGAAGAGGACGACGAGGAAGGCGUAAGUAUUCGGUGUCCGAGUAAUUCUGACUAGUUUGACGAGUAACUCUGUUGUACAAAGGAAGGUUGCUUAAUCUUCAUGACUAAAACAAAAAUUGUAGCUUCAAGAUUAUCGACUCGAAUUCCGUUGACUUCGUGGAUUAUUCUUAGGCCUCAUUGUACCAUUGUAUGAAUUUUUGCAGGUCACUGCGAGGAUUCGCUUUAGAAGUAAGAUGGUUACGAAAGUUAAUGACCAAUGAUAAAUUGUUCAAAGAAGGAACGGCUCGACAAAUUAGAAAGGCAGCAAAAAAUUUCCAUUGGUUACGUUAUAUGUUCAUUUUUCCUUUUGAUAUGACUUUCUCCUAAGAGUGACUUUAUAAAUGGCAUUUUGCCCUUUUUUUUGUUUUGUUUUGUUUUUUUUUGCCAUUAAAUUGCCGAUGGCUAAGAAAGUCCACUGAAAUUGCUCAUGUGUAACUUGUCAGUUGCCGACCAUUUAUUUUCAUGCAUUUGAGACACUUUAAACUUAUCUGAAUUAAAACUUAUUACAAUGGGUUAUCAGUUCAAUAUGAAAAGUAACAAAAUUGUCAGUUGAUGUAAAUCCUUCUUACAAAACUGAUGCACUGUCCACUUAACCCUUUCACAUGAAAAGUAAAGUCAUUGUCUUUCGGCGUGCCGCGUAAUUUUGGGCAAAGAAAGCAUUUGAAAAUCAAACAGAAUAUUCGUUCAGCUUUGAAAAUCAUUUUUUCUAGUGAGGAAUCGUUUGCAGAAUCCAUCAUUUCGCUCGUUCAAUUGUUAUUCCGUCCUCUUCCUUUCUUUGAAAUUCGUAAGGUUGUUAAUAGAUUAUUGCUUUGAGUUGAAGGUCUAACGAUUUUCACAUACCAAGGGACGUUUGUAUGUUCCUAGAUAGUAGAUGACACAGGGUCUCUGUUAGUUGGCGCACUUAUUGAAAACUGGGCUCUUUCUUUGCAAAAAUGACAUAUUGGGAAAAAAUGUAAAUGAUAAAGAGGAAACUUCACUUUUCUAAUGUUUCGUAAAUAUCAGUUUGAAUUUUCAUUCUUAUAACCAUAUUUCCAAGCAUCGAAUUUUUAUUUAGCACGACAGCCACCCAAAGUUGAAAGCAGAGCAAAAAAUGCGACCAGAUCAGCCUGAGGGAUGGUUCAUGGGAUUAUAAGUCGGUUUCUUUGAAACCUCUGAAUUAGUUAUUGACCCACUUGGUUGUAAGAACAAGCGAAGUUUACCUCAACAUUUCGCGAAAAUGAAAUAAGGAAAACUAGAGCAGGAAAACUUCAUAAUUAUUCUGUGUAGAAGCCGCUGAAAAUUAUCAUCAAUUCUCACGCAGGAAGAGUUACAAGAAGAAGGAGAAAGCGUCAGCGACGUCGAAGACGUCGACGGCGUCGAAGGCGUCGAAGGAGGCGACGAGUGAGAAGAAGAAGACGACGAAGAAAAAUAUUAAGAAGAUACAGACGGAGUAUGUGAAUAUUUACUGUGUUCCGGAUAUUUAGCUCCAAAAGAGGGGGCUCUGAAAGAUAUACGCCCAACGGACAUCCUCCUUGCUGGAGCUGUUCCUCUCUCUCUCUCUCUCUUUUUUUUUUCUAACAACUGUGGUGGCCUUUCUUCUUACUCUAAAAAAACGUAUUUCCCACUUCAAGUAUAUUAUAUUUAUGUACUCCUUUCAAUAUAUUUAUGAAAAUAUUAAGAAUUCACGACGUGACCCGUUUUCAGUUGACUCGAUAGCACAGUUGAAUUGAGCGCUGAACUGGUUUCGAAGGGUACUAACGGCUGAGAGUUUUUAGCAGUAUUUAAUGCAAACAUAGACAGUGUUAAAAGCUGGAAUAUGAAAUUAGGGUAGGUGAAAACGGUCCGACAUCUAGGGGGAGAGUUAACUCUCAUUUCUUGAAAGGAAGUGGGGCUAUCUAAUUUAUGGUAAACGCAAAAUGUGAAUUUUUCAUCGUAAAUAAGUCACAAAUUCUGAUUAUGUGGGCACUUUGAGUUGGAACGGUAAAGGAGAUGUUCUGAUCUUAACGACUUUUUUCUGUGAAAUUUCUAGAGUGGCGCGGUCGAAGAAUUUUCUUCCAUGGUAAACGCCGACGUGUGCGAGCAGGGAGGAGACGUUGGUAUCUGCGCUUCAGAGGACGACGCUAUCGCGUCCGACGGCGUGGAAAACGAUCUCGAGUCUACUUUAAGAGAGGAUGGAGAAUAAUAAAACGCAGACGCGGUGUUCAGUUUUUGAAAUACGGUCGAUUUUGGUACCGUAUUUUAUUCAUGAGAGGGUCUUACUACGUCAGAUAUGGCAAGAGGAAGGUGCCUAUCAGAAGGCUCCAAUUACGGUUCAUGCGAAAGUGGAGAACAAUGAAACUUAACCGUCAGAGGAGAUGGCUUUAUCUCAAUAGAAAGUGGAUAAGACUUACUGGACGUCGCUUUUAUUACAUGAAUUACGGGGGACGCAAACUUUCAGUGAGAAAAACAAGAGGAAGGUAUCAAAUAAGGUUCCGCAGGCGAUGGUUGAGACCAAAAAGACCGAAAUAUGGGCGAGGACGACGUCGUGGUGGUAAGGAGAUCAUCUUCAAUCAGAGAUUCUCUAUUGAUAGAAUCAUAGUUGGUUAAAUGCAUUUAUUCUUUCAAUAAACACUUUGGCUCAAACAGAAAAAAUGUAUUCCUAUGCACAUCGUGUUGAAGAGAGGUAACAGUCGGUAAUGUAGAUUAGUAAGACAAGCGUGGGGCUCAGGAGACUUUCCCUGAUUUUUUUUCAUAUAUACUGACUUAUAGGACUCAUUCGUGCAUCGUUAACCAGACAGAAAAAAAAUAUUGACAGACAACUGAACUGAACAGAUUACCGGUGGAUUCGUUUAUCAUGAACCAUUUCGUGAGGGGUUACGGAAUACGGUCUGUAAAAUUUAUUCACUCUCGGAAUACGCAUCUUCGUAACUCCUUCCGACAAAAAUAACCCUGGUUUUGUAAAAAAACACCGGACACGAACACCUAACUGAAUCUUUUUUCAUCCGAAUUUCCUAACGUUUUGAUAGACUUGAAAUAGCGUUCCACAUCUUGAUGUGUUUGGUUUUAGGUCGAAGACGCGGCAGGAGAGUUCGACGAGGAAGAGGCAAGUAUUGAGCAUCCGUAAAACGAGUAAAACACUCAAAACUAUUUAAUGUGUAUCACGGCAUUACUGCAGGAGUUAUGUUAGUCCUUUCGAGGUCAUUUUCAUAGUACUCACACUAACAAUAGUGUUCCUUUUUCUACUGGGAUCUGUUCCAAUCUUUUGUAUUUGGCGUCCAAAAAAAAAAACCGAAAAACUUAUAGUUGAUUAAUGAGCUUUCGUGUUCAUUAUUCUGUUUUACGGUAAUACCUCUUGAAAACGAAUCUAAAACAAUGACAUGGAAACAGUUUUUCAUGAUAGAUGUUUUUCUUGUGGCUUAUUACGAAAAUUUGGCUGUAUACCAAUCUAUACGUGUAAAGGUCUUGAAAACUGACGCGUUUUGAGAAUUAAAUCGCUUCCCAGGCUGUACGACUUCAUGUUAGUUUCGCAUGAAUAGCUGGUCACAUUUUGGUGUAUUUGGUUUCAGGGCGAAGACGCGGCAGAAGAGGACGAAGAGGAAGACGUAAGUAUUUGGCGUCCGAAAUAAAAGCAGAAAACUAUAAACCAUUGUAGGUGCAUUAAAUAUCAAAACGAUUUUGUUUUCGCGUUUAAUUUUAAGCGUGGUGAUGUACAAAAACUGUGCCACUUUCUUUUAGGAUAUUCUGUGAUGUCGAGUAUUUGGGGUAUCUCCUUUUCGCGAAAAUCGUCCCAGAAGCUUAAAAGAACAAUUGGUGGAGGAGAAGAAUGAGGAAACAUUUGCCAUAAAUUGUAUUUUUUUUACACAGGAAAGAGAUACGUCCGCUUCCGUGGAAAACGACGUCGUGUAAGGAUCAGAAGGAAAUACUUCUUUGGACGGAAACGUAUUCGUAGGUUCAGGAAGAAAAUAAGGAUUUUGGUCCGAGGAAAAUACAGGAAAAUAAAACGUUUCGGCAGGCGAUGGCGAGUGCGAAUUAGAAGGAGAUGGUGCGGACUGCGAAGAGUCGGUCGAAAGUGGUACUUAAAGAGAAAAAGGAAAUGGAGAAAGAUUACUAGAGUAACACUUAGAUUGAAAUAUAGAAAGAAAAGAAUUCCGAUAAGACGGCGAAGGAAGAAGUGGUACGUACGACGAAGAAAGCGAUGGAGGCGUGUAAGGCGUAGAGUUCGUUGCAGCAUCCGCGUUCGAGGAAGGCGAGUGAGGGUGAGGCUGAUUGGUAGAAGACGCGUAAGAAUCACCAAGAAUGGUAGAACGAGGAGGAUUCGCUUCAGACGUGAGUUGGCUAACAAAAGUAAUGAUGAAUCAUGUCUUGUUCAAUGGGGUAUACAUGUGUUUAACAAGAAAAAAAAUCAGCAAAUACAUAAAAAGAAAGCCUUAGAACGUUUCCACUGAGUGCAAUACGAAAGAGUAGUUACCAAAUUGUUUGAGAGGUGGAUUAAAACCUUUUGAGUUGAAGUAUACUUGUAUUCUGGAAAAUUCUAAAAAAGAAACGUUAAGGUCAAUCUAUGGAGGCCAACAUUACAGGAUUGUCAAAUAGGAGAUGUGUCAAAAAAUUUCAUUGAGUAAAAUAGGGAAGUCCUAUCCUCUUCAAAAGUUGAGUUAUGAGUUUUCAUGUUCAUUAUUCUGUUCUAAAGUAAUACCUCUUAAAAACGAAUGUAAAAGAAUGACAUGGAACCAGUUUUUUUUUAAAGAUGUUUCUUGAUCUUCUUGUGGCUUAUUAAAACGAUUUGGCCGUAUACCCAUCUAUACGUGUGAAGGUCUUGAAAACUGACGCGUUUUGAGAAUUAAAUCGCUUCCCUGGCUGCACGACUUCAUGUUAGUUUCGCAUGAAUAGCUGAUAACAUUUAUGUGUGUUUGGUUUCAGGGCGAAGGCGCGGCAGAAGAGGACGGAGAGGAAGACGUAAGUAUUUGGCGUCCGAAAUAAAAGCAGAAAACUACAAAUCAUUGUAGGUGCUUUAACAAUUAACACAAUUGUGUUUUCAUGUUAAAUUUUGCUCACGGUGAUUUACUAACGUUGUGCCAUUUUCUUCAAGGUUAUUCUGUGAUUUUACUUAAGUCGAGUUUGCGUUUAUCUGAAGGAGCAUUAACCUGAUCUAAAAUACAAGACGACUAAGAGAUGCAGUUGUAAAAAUGUAGAAUUGAUAUCGACAUAAUAUCGCUCAUCACUUGAAAAAAAAAUAGAAUUCAAGUUACUUGCGAGAAGAGCAAACAUUUCAAAGUAUUUGGGGUAUCUCCUUUUCGCGAAAAUCGUCUCAGAAGCUUAAAGGAACAAUUGGUGGAGAAGAAACAUUUGCCAUAAAUUGUAUUUUUUUACACAGGAAAGAGAUACGUCCGCUUCCGUGGAAAACGACGUCGUGUAAGGAUCAGAAGGAAAUACUUCUUUGGACGGAAACGUAUUCGUAGGUUCAGGCGGAGAAUAAGGAUUUUGGUCCGAGGAAAAUACAGGAGAAUAAAACGUUUCGGCAGGCGAUGGCGAGUGCGAAUUAGAAGGAGAUGGUGCGGACUGCGAAGAGUCGGUCGAAAGUGGUACUUUAAGAGAAAAAGGAAAUGGAGAAAGAUUACUAGAGUAACACUUAGAUUGAAAUAUAGAAAGAAAAGAAUUCCGAUAAGACGGCGAAGGAAGAAGUGGUACGUACGACGAAGAAAGCGAUGGGGGCGUGUAAGGCGUAGAGUUCGUUGCAGCAUCCGCGUUCGAGGAAGGCGAGUGAGGGUGAGGCUGAUUGGUAGAAGACGCGUAAGAAUCACCAAGAAGGGUAAAACGAGGAGGAUUCGCUUCAGACGUGAGUUGGCUAAUAAAAGUAACGAUGAGCCAUGUCUUGUUCAAUGGGGUAUACAUGUGUUUACAAGGAAAAAAAUCAGCAAAUACAUAAAAGGAAGCCUUAGAACGUUUCCACUGAGUGCAAUACGAAAGAGUAAUUACCAAAUUGUUUAAGAGGUGAAUUAAAACCUUCCGAGUUGAAGUAAACCUGUAUUCUGGAAAAUUCUUGAAAGAAAAACGGUAAGGUUAAUAUAUGGAGGCUAACAUUGCAGGAUUAUCAAAUUGGAGAUGUGUUAUAAAAAUUUCAUUGAGUAAAAUACGGAAGUCCUAUCCUUUUCAAAAGUUGAGUUAUGAGUUUUCAUGUUCAUUAUUCUGUUUUAUAGUAAUACCUUAUGAAAACGAAUGUAAAAGAAUGACAUGGAACCAGUUUUGUUUUGAAAGAUUUUUCUUAUUUUUCUUUGGCUUAUUAUGACAAUUUGGCUGUAUAACCAUCUAUACGUGUAAAGAUCUUUAAAACUGACGCGUUUUGAGAAUUAAAUCGCAUCCCUGGUUGCACGACUUCAUGUUUAUUUCACGCGAAUAGCUGGUCACAUUUCGGUGUGUUUGGUUUCAGGGCGAAGACGGGGCAGAAGAGGACGAAGAGGAAGACGUAAGUAUUUGGCAUGCGAAAAAAGUAGAAAACUUAAAACCAUUGUAGGUGCAUUUAAUAUUAACACAAUUGUGUUUACAUGUUGAAUUUAGCUCGUGGUGUUGUACAAAAGUCGUCCUAGUUUCGGGACUAAGCAACGUAAAGUUAGUAGUUUGCAGCCUUUCUUUACAUCUAGGCAGAUGCUGUAAAACUCCAGAGCGAUAAUUUAUCAAAUCGACACUCUUUCAAAAUCCCCACGUUGUCAGCGAGCACUUUUCAUUCAGUUAAUUUACUCUAGACUUGUUUUCUCACCCACAUUCCAACUUAUAGCGUAGCUCCAUUUUCUGCAUAUGGACGCACACACACAACCCACAAUUCCUCCAUUCGCUUUAACGAAAGGCUGGCGCUCGAAAAGUCAGCUUUGAAAUCCUUGACGGUGGCCAAUUCCCGUUAUCAACUCAGCUGAUAAUACUGAAUUACCUGUGACUUAAUGGCAGUUGUUUUUUGCACAAAUGUUGGUUUUAUUCUCAUACAUAUACAAAGUACAUAUGCGAAGUAUAAACUAUACUAUAGAACGGGAUAAAUACGCACACUCGUGGUAAUUUUUUUGUUGUUGUUUAGGCUCCAGGAGAAUCCUUUUCAGGAAACGAAAGCGCAGGAUAAGACGCGGUCCAUAUUUUAUACGGUUUAGACGUGGGCGCCGUAAAUACCGACUCAGCCGAGUAACAUCAAGAGUGAAGCUGUACUUCCGAAGGCGAUGGUAUCGCCCCUUUCACCGCGGACGUCAGUGGUUUUUACGCCUUGGAAAGAAAAGUUGCAGAGUUAUCCGGCGAGGCAGGAGAUGGAUAGUACACUACAGGAGACGCUGGAUUUCUAUACGGAGAUUUAUGAUACGCUUUCAGCGUAGGUACAGAAUGGUAACACGGCGCAGGGGAAGAUUUUACAUCACCUUCAAACGACGUAAAGUGCGUUUUGGCUUCAGGCGUUCUCUAUUCUUUGUUUUCCACGGAAAGCGCACCAUCGUACGGCCAAAGAGACUUGGAGGGCGACUGUUUUACAAGUUCCGAAUAAAUGGAAGGUGGACUAUGCGGAGGAUGCGAAGAAGAUUAAAGCGUAAGUUGCUAUUUUUCACUUGAUAAAACAACCGCUGUGAACUGAGCGACUUGCAGAGAGGCAGGGAAGGAGAGGAGGCGCGUGAGAUUGAGUGAAUUGGUUAGUAAGUGAGGUCGUUGACCAGCCAGAUGAUCGAUCAUCGUUUAUCUUUUACUGAAAAAUUUUCCAUUUUGUUUUGCAGCGAGAGGACGAAUCUACCGAGGAAGGAGAAGUGAGUAGUUUUUUUUAUGCGAAAACAGAAAGGUAUUUCCUGUGGCUCCUCACACGAUAGCUGUCUAAGUUAAGUUCUUGAGUAUUCUUCUUUCUUUUUCGUCUUUUAUUAGGACUGAGGAAGCCCAAAGUAUUGUUCAAAAAACGAUACUUUAAGUUAAGACGAGGAAGACGUUCAUAUCGCGUGAGAAUUGGAGGACGCAUUCAAAAGAUACGCAAAAUCAUAAAACGGCUAAGAAUCAAGUUCAUGCGGAAGUGGCGUCCUUUGCGAUAUCGUGGAGGCCGAUGUUAUGUUUUGGUUGGUCGACGAUGGCGUAUUGUCAUUCGUAAAAGGCGACGUUGGUAUAUAUCAUACAAACGACACUUGAGGCCUCUCCGUCGUAAUUUCGGAACAUUUAAAAUCUAUCUUGCGAAACGUUUCAGGCCUUUGAAACGUAUCGGGAAGAAAUACUAUGUGAAGAUUGGUCGAAAAGUCCGGCUAAUGAAUCAUCGUUAUAAGCUGUUUUUUAACUACAAGGGAAGAAGAGUUACGGUGAGGAGGAAAGGUCGGCGUGCACGUGUCCUAUGGCGGGGGAAGUGGAGAAGAUCCAGAAGGAUCCGCUAUAGACGACCCAAAAUACGAGGUGAGGAGAAAAUAUCGUCGUCCGUAGUACAUAGCUCUUACAAACCUCGUUUUCUCAGUCCUUACUGUAAGAUGUGGACCGAGGUUUUUCCGUUCGGAAAUCCUUUUAUAAGAGCGCAACCAUGAAGUCCUCUCCAAUUGAGUUGAAGAGAUUUAAAAAAUGACUUGAAGAGGUUGUUGACAAAUCACUCAGCUACUGAGCCAUCAACAGUACUACGAUGAACUCCACACUGAGAAACGACUCGUUUUAACCUUUUAACCCCCAAAAGUGAUUAACAUGUAACUUUCCCCAUAAUAUCCGUACAUUAUCCAGCAAACAGGAUGUGAGAAUAAUCAAACUUAUCCGGUAAAAGUUUUCAUCUUGGUCUAACACCAAAUUCUCGCAACUACUCCACAAGGAAACGUGAUCAGCUACAGUGGAGAAUUAACAAUCGGAUCUUGGGAGUUAACGCCGUCAAUAUUUCCUCCUUGGUUUUAUUACAGUUUUAAUUAUGAAGGUGUAAAAUUGAAUUGCAAAAGGUUUAUUCUAGAAAACAACCAUGCAUCGUUAAGAUAAAAAGCGAACAAUUUGUUAUCUUUUGUUGUCUCGGUAUAUUGAAUCGUUUAAAUGUCUUAAAAUACAUCGAUUGUCGUAAAAAACCUUCCUGAAUUUCUUCCUUUUGACAAUACGUCUUUAUGGCGAUUGCCUCUUUGCAGUUUCUGUCGGAAGUAUUUUUAAUGGAGCAAUACUCGAAACCCACGACCGAAAUAAAAAAUUUUUAAUAUACAAAAUAUCCCUAGGAACAGGAAAGAGGGUGGCCUUAGUAUAGCAUACCGUAAUAAUUCGAUUUAGCGCCCGGGGCGCUUAUUAUGUUACUUUUGGUAUCUCAAGGGAGGGCCCUUAUUCGAAACAGGGCGGUUAUUAUGGAACACAAUAGUGCGACAACAGUGCGUUCGAAUAGGUGACGCAGUUUCUAAAGUACUCCCACUUGAGUUCGGAGUUCCGCAAGGCUCUAUUUUAGGUCCGGUUUUGUUUACAAUCUAUGUUAACGACCUCCUUUCUGUUCCUAAACGUUGUCUAUCUGCCUCCUAUGUUGAUGACUGUAAAUUGUACUUGUCCUUUUCACCUGCCGAAUUACCCACGUCCAUCCUCGCCUUAAACGAAGAUCUUACGAGAAUAUCUCAAUGGUGCUGUAAAAACUCUCUUUUGAUUAAUCCGGACAAAACUAAGGUUCUAGCUGUUGGAUUACCACAACUUUUAAAGAAACUGUCAUCUUUCAGUAUAACACUUUUUGACAAGGAAAUAACACCUGUGCCUGUCGUUAAGGACUUGGGUGUUCUUCUCGACACACACCUCAGUUAUAACCAACAUAUCACUGAGAUUGCCUCUAAAUGCCUUUUUAAAUUGUACCAAAUUAACAGAAUCAAACACCUCCUGGAUAGGAAAACACUUCUGUUAGUAAUAAAUUCUUUUGUCUUUAGUAAACUCCAAUAUUGUUCAACUGUCUGGAGUAAUACCAGCAGCAGCAAUAUUGACAAGUUACAAAAAGUCCAAAACUUUGCCGGGCGAAUUAUUCUGGGACUAAGAAAGUAUGACCAUAUUUCGGAUGGGUUGCGAUCGUUGAAAUGGCUUCCUAUUAGAGAGAAACUCAUUCUAAAUGACGCUACUAUGAUGCACAAAUGUAUUAACAAGCUUGUUCCAGACUAUCUUGCUGAUAUGUUUAAAUUACGUUCUCAAGUCCAUAAUAGACAAACUCGAUCAUCUGGUGCUUUGGAUAUACCUUUAUGUCGCCUGUCAACAGGGCAGCGCUCCUUUGCUUUCAGAGGAGCCAAACUCUGGAACUCCUUGAAUGAUAACAUUAAGUCUUUAAAAUGCCCCAGGAAUUUUAGACGUCAUCUUGCAAACGUUUUAUUAAGUUGAUAUAUUAUAUUAUUGAUAUAUAUUUUGUAAUUAUAAUAUUAUUGUAUUUACAUUCUCAAUUAAUUUAUAUAUUGAGCUGAAAAGCCCACUUAGGGAGCAUCAAUAAAGUAUAUGUAUGUAUGUAUAUGUAUAACACGGUACUUUCGUUUGAAGAAACUCGGCACUCACGGCGACAUAAUAGUUGAGGGACUGAGACUAAGACCACUGUUUUUGUCGGGAGGCUUUAAGUGAGCAAGUAAAAGAAGAUGAACCAAGGUUGAUCUCAGUGUAAAUGUACUCCAACAGUACUAUUACUGUAACUGAAUAGGGGCGUUUAUAGGAAUGAGGGUGUUUACUCAAUAGGGGUGCUUAAUAACAAAAAAAAAUUUGAGGGAGUCGCUUAUUAGAGAGGGAGCGCUUACUGGAAGGAGGGCGCUAAAUCGAAUCAUUAUGGUAUACUGAAAAUGUCACUUGAAUACAACUCAUUUUAGAACCAGGAGAAGAGACGUUAUGAAAUAUCUCAUACCUUUGUAUGACUGAGAUUAUUUCAUCGAGCUCUCACCAAGAGUACAUUUCGGUUAUCUUUUAAAUUUAACUCCCAAUUUCUUGGAUCUUGAUGCAUAUUCUGGUGCUGGUAUGAAACUGUUGUAAAGGGUAAUUUCCAGUGGUCCUAUGAAGUAUCAGCCUCUGAGUUAAGUCUUUUUUAAAAGAAUAAGUUCAGAAGCUGAUACUAAUGGGCUGAUAUUUCAUUUUUUUACAAUUAAACUUGUAUUAAAGGUUACUCACCUGAAUAUUUUUUUAGGACGACGUCAGAGGGGGCGAUUGAGAAUUAUUAGACGUUUAAGACGGCGAAGGCGACGGCAAAGGCGAAGGAGACGACGACGAAAACGACGAAGAAUACAUAGAAGAAAACGAAGGUUACGAAGGCGAAGGAGGCAACUCAGACGUUCUGCAGUUCUAUUCAAAUACGGAAGGCGCUUCAGGCCUGUGCGCAGGAUUGGAGGAGAAUGGAAAUUCCUUUAUGGACGUCGAUGGCAGAAAAUAAGGUAGGUUAUGGGUCAUAUCUACUGCAAACAAAAUAAAGUUUUGAAACACCAAACCAAUGUUUGUUCAAAAUUAUAUGGUAUUUCGUAAAAAGUUACGUUAUUGUCUUCACGGAAAUUGAUUCUACCCAGCUUUUGGGGUUCUAUCCUUUAAAAUAGUAUCAACCAAAAGCGCAAUUUUUCCUGAACAAUUGAGAAGUAUAUUUUUUUUGUAAGCCUACCAUAAAAAUACCACAGCCUCUUAGAAAAAACCUUCAAUUUUAGCUUAAUGUGCUUAUAACUCAAAAAUCAAAAACUUGCCAUAUUUUUCCGAGGACAGACAGUUUAGUUCUUUUCUUGUUCAGGUUCCAAAAAAGGUCAGUGAGAGUGGGUGCGAGGAAAACUCCUCUACAGAGGCGGCUGAUGAUUUACUUUGUAAGAAGGUGGCGGUACGUGCUAGUAAGGCGCCGAGGGCUGUUCAUAAGAUACGCGAGAAAGUACAGAAAGAUCAUACUUGGACGAGUUAUAAAACUGAGGUAUAAUAGGAAAUGGAUCAGCUUUAAAGGACGAAGACCAUAUAAGAAACUCAGAAAGAACAGGGCUAGGAAACGAAGACGCAGAAGACGAAGAGCUAGAAGAAGACGAAAACGGCGAAGGCGACGAAGGAGAUACAGGCGAAGAAAACGAAGACGAACACGUAGGCGAAGGCGGAGAAGAAAUAGAAGGCGCAGGAGACUUAUUCUGUUCCGAUAUGGAAGACGUGUGAGGAAAGUGUUCCCAAGGAAGGGAAGACUUUUCUUCCGAGUCGGAAAGGUUUACAUGGGAUUCAGGUAAGAAAGGAGGUUAAUAGAAGAGCUAGAUAGUACAAUUUUUUCUUUUUUUCCGCUGGAAGGCUUUUGAGCAAAAUGAAUUAGUGAGGUACGCUUCUAAAAAAACUGUGGUGCUCCGUUAGUGGGAGAGUAUAACAAGGUAAAUUGGCCACCGUUAAGAGUUUCAAAGCUGACAUUUCGAGCGUUAGCCCUUCUUUAGAGCGAAACUCUGACGAAAGGGCCAACGCUCGAAACGUCAACUUUAAAACUCUAAUGGUGGCCAAAUAACAUUAUCAAAUCAGUUGACUUUACCACGUUACUUUAAACAAAUGACUUUAAACAGAAGCAUUUUUUAACGUGUUUAUUUUGGUUUAAACCUAAACUUAGGUACCUCAGAGGUGUCGUGUAUGUAAGGAAGCGGGGAGGCAGAUGGCGUCCAAUUCGAAGUUUACGAAAUAGAGUGAGGAUCUGGACAGGACGUCAUUGGACUCGCUUAACGGUUCGUCGCGGAAGACUGUGCAUUCGUAAAGGAAGGAAGUACAGAAAGAUCACAAUAUUGAGAGGAGGUCAAGUCAGAGUGCGUUACAGAAUAGGUUGGAAGAGGAUUGGACGGCUACGAAGACAACGGCGAAAGCUCAUCAAACGAAGAAAACGUCUCAGGCGACGACGAAGGAGAAGACGGAGGCGAAGGAGACGACAACGACGACGACAACGAAGACGUCGCAGAAGGCGACGAAGGCGACGAAGGAGGCGCAGAAAAUUGAGAAAGAGGAGGCUAAGGUGCGUGAUGCGCUAUCAGCUUCGCCGCAGGUGGAGACAAGUCGUUCGAAAAGGCAGACGUUUCUACAUCAAAAUAGGACGAAGAUGGCGAUCAUGGAGGUACCAUUCUUAAUUAUAUACUGAAAGUUUUGAGUUGGAUAACUUCUCUAACACUUUCAAAGUAGUUGGGUAGCUUUGAAUGCAAGGUUUUAAAUACUUACACCGCAGUUAACCAAACUGACAUUGCUUAUUCAUAAUAAGUGCUAGUCUCUGGCAAGGAUAGUGAACGGCAAAUGUCAUUUCUCUACCUUGAAAAAAGUAAAAGCUCGAUUAAGACGGAUAGUAUUAGAAAUAGUAAUCGAAUUAUUCACCGGGUUGAAUUAACUUAGUAAAAUCACAUCCGUGAUUGAAACUCGUGCGACCUUUACGUGUGAGAUUGACUUAAUACUAAACAGGUAUCAUUUCCUUUUUCUUUAUUUUCCAUGCAAUUUUACUGGUUCUUUCAAAAAAAUUCGUAGUUUGAUUGCUUGGUUGUUUUGUUUUUUUGCUCCACUCCGAUGCCACUUUGAGAUAAAAGAAUUGUGAUCAGUGACUAAAUUUAAUUUUUCAGAGUCAAUGAGAUUACAAGGAUUAUGUUAUUAAGUGGACACUUUGUUUGUAAUCAGACAAAGAUAAAGCCAGGCCUACUACGAAACAAUUGGCGUUGUUUUAUCUUUCAGACCACGAGGGUCCCGUGUAAAAAUAGGAAAAAGGGGACGAUAUCAACCAAUUAAUAACCGGCUCAAGAUAAGGGUCGGUUUAGUAUGGAGGAGAAUAAAGCUAAGACGCCGUAAAUUGACGGUCACGUGGAGAAGAAGACUAAGACCUGUGUCGAUAACGAAGAGGCGACUAAAGAUUUUUACCGGAAAAGGAUGGAAAACAUUAAAGAGGCGUAGGAGAUAUCCAAGAAGAAGAAUCCUUCGCAGGAAAAGGAGGCGACAACAACGGCGAAGAAGGCGAAGGAGGAGACGAAGACGAAGGCGACGACAGAGAAAGCUGCGGAGGCGGCGCCGGAGACAGCGAAGAAGAAUAAGAAGAAAACGGAGGAGAAGGCGCACAAGGCGAUCAGGAUGUGUGUUGCGUAUUCGUUAUGGCGGUCGAUUCAGACCAGUGUAUAGUAGAAGAGGCCGGCUGAUGAUGCGUUUAAGGAGGCGAUAUGUGACAGUGAGGUAUUUUGCAAAUUUAGUGUCGCUCAGACACUUUUCAUGAACUUUUAUGUCAUAUAGACUGGAGCUAGAGUUUUGAAUCGUGACAAAAUAGAUGACAUAUCAUUCCAACGGGAGUUUUCCUGUACAAAAUGAAUUGUAUUGUAGCAAAAUUGGAUCAUGUCGAUGAUCAUCUAAAAAGAAAUUGUGGUGGUGCGUCACCAUAAGUACCUAAGUUGAUAAAGGGAGAUGAACCGCCGUAACGAUUUCUGACAUUUAAAUCGUUGCCCUUUCUUCGGAGCAAUUUGGGAGAUUGUAAUAAAGCAGAGGAUCGUUUUCGCGAACAUCGGAGAGACCUCAAAGCUACGGCAACAAUGUCUUUAUGCCCGAUCUAAUCUUCCCGGUCAUUUUUUAAAACCAUAGUUGUCUGUGGGCUUUCUUUCCACAAAGGUAACACAGAACAUUGCAAAAAAAAACAAAACAACAACAAAACUGUUUCUUUACAAAUCAGCACCUUGGCUACCUCUUCAAGUAAAGAACGACCCACAUUUAAUCUAUUUGUAUAUUCAGAUAUCAUCUGUUAGUCUGUCCACUUCAACAGUAUAACCCCAUUUUUCACCAUAUAAACACUUAUACAAACUACAAUCUUUAAUUUCCUCCGAUAAAGAGCUAAUGCUCGAAACGCCACCUUUAUAAAAUUCACUACAGCUUUUAAAAUUUAGUUCAUUACUCGGAUGACUCCGUAUCACAUUUUUUCAAUGAUUAGUAAUACCCUUCUUAUCUUUAAAAUUAUAGUUACAGGAACCGACGAUUAUAUAUCCGCCUCAAAAAGAGACGGGUUCUCGUGAGAAGCCGCCGAAUACGAGUAUAUGUGGGGAGAAGAUGGGUAAAGGUGCGGCGACUUGGUGCUAAACUUUAUGGCAAAGGCAAACAACUCCGACUAACGAGAAGGGGAGUAAGAGUUUUCACGCGUAAAGGGUGGAGACGAUUAAGGUACCGAGGAAGGAGGCGCAGAGUAAGGUACACGAGGAAAUACUUGAGGAGACUUCGAAGGCUCCGAAAGUUGCGACGAAGACAACUCAGAAAGGUACGAAGAAGGAAAAGAAGACGACAACGAAGACGUAAACGAAGGCGGCGUAGAAGACGUCGAAGACGACGUCGUAGAAGGCGGCGAAGACUUCGUAGACGAGGCGGUUAUGGAAGACGAGGAAGAAAGAAGAGGCUGAGAAGGAGACUGAAGAGAAAAAGAAGACGAUUCAGGAGAAAGGCGAGAAGACGACGACGGAGACAAAGACGACGUCGAAGAAGACGAAGACAGCUUUUGAGGCGAAAGCGCCGCUGUGCCCUGCGUUUCCGUUAUAGAAAAAUUUGGAGAAGCAUUUUCAGAUGGAAAAAACGCCUGGUUUUCCGAUUUCAUGGAAAACUCCACUAUCUAAGGUAAGGAAAUCCUUUGUUCCUUUUAGUCUUUCGAUCAUGGUGCUUUACGCAAUUUACUUUGAAUUGAUUGUCGUCACUUUGUACACAACUGUCCUUUGGUGGCUGUUCGGGGUUUAUGGAGGUAAAGGCUUCCUUGGUAUAGCUGCUGUGAGGGUCAGAGGUUCCAAACCUCUUGUUCAGAACUGGGAGAUGUAAUCGCGGAAGCUUCACGGCUUUCCGCUGUCUUACCCUUUGAAAUUGAUCGGCAAGUGGUAAGUAUAUGGUAAGACACGGGUUUCAUAGUCCCUUGUCACUCGAACAGCUCAGUGUUGUACUGGUGCUUCAAGAUGAAAAUCUACGGUUUGUUUUUUUCUUUUAUACAAGAAAGUGAAAAAAGAGAAGAUAAUGGCGUAAAAAAUCACGAUAAACUUUUACGGAUGCCUUUGAUCUGUUCAAUUCUUACUAUUGUGAAAUUGCAUCUAUUUAAUCUAAGCUAUUUUAAGUAUAUACAAAUAGUUUCUUCAAGAUGAAAAAUGCUGUUUUCAAAUAUCUUAUUUCGUUCCAUAGAUAUCCGACUUUUUAAAAUAUGCCAAUUAGUCAGAAACUCAACCAAGGUUUGGUUCAAAUGUGAAGGAAAAACCAUGUAACCCCAUUUAUAUCUACGAUCUUUGAUUCUUUCUAAUAAGGUCCGAUGAGAUGAUUGGUUCAUAAAAAAAAUAUUUUAAUUUUUUGAAGAGAGUAACGUAUCCUCAGACUCUCUAAUUGUGUAAAAGGAUGCCAUAUGCGUUUUAAUUAUGGCUUGUGAAAUAAAAUUAUUCAAACUUCGAUUUUUCUGAGACUUUCAUGCGUUUUGAUUUCUUGAUUUUUCGAAUCGUUUGGGAAAUCUUCAAUAAUACCAUUUGUUAAGGCAAGAAAAAAAAUGAAAACAAAUCGACAAAAACGAAGAAUCCGAAAUAUGUCGCCAAUAACCCCAUUACUCUGGUCUGCGGUCCUCUGAUGGCAUAGUCUACACCGGAGCAGGCCACUAAUACAUUGGCAUAUCAAGUCACUUCAAUAACUAAUUAUUUGCAUUGUGUGUGUACCACGAGUUAAAAAAAAAUAGUAUUUUUCCUUCUCUCGUUUCAGGUACCAUCGCGGAGUGCUCAGGCUCAGGUUGAAAAGAAGAUGGAUUCUAGUCCGUAAUCUGGGAUAUCGCCUGCGGGUCUAUAUCAGAGGCGUUUGGAGACUGAUUCGUAAGAAGGGUCGCUACUUGUUUGCUAAAUAUGGACGCAGAUAUCGAAGGGUAACACUCUACAGAGGAUUGCCUAAAAUCAAAAUCGGGAAACGUUGGAGGCGCAUCAGAAAAAGAGUGAGUAGGAGGACAAAAAGGAGGCGACGGAUCAGUAGAAGAAGAAGAAGGCGACGAAGAAGGCAAAGAAAGCGAAAACGAAGAUACAGGAGAAAGCUAAGACGGCGAAGAAGACGAAGACGUCGACGGCUUCGAAGAUGCGUCAUACGAGUCCGCCGUGGACGACGCUGGCUUCCUAUCAUUAGGAAGAGAGGUGUUUUGAAGAUACGAAUCCACAGGGUUUUUAGGCGCAUCAGGUAGUGUAGCCAAUGGUUCUCUGAUUUGAUUGUAAUUUAUAUAUUCGUACUUUCCGGAUAGUGUCCGAUCAAAGGGGACAGUUCCCUUUCAGUUGGUGUUGUUUCAACCAGUAUGCAUUACAUGCAUUCUUGAAAAGAACAUAGUAAUUAGUUGAGGUUUUUGCCUUCAAAGAACACAAGUCUUUAAGACAAAACCAUUUUCGUGGAUCUAAUUUAGUUUGCUGAUAAAGCAUAUCUACAGUUAGCCAGUGCCAGCCACCAGAAACUUUAAACCUUUUUAAACCAGUCUAACCAAGCUUAUCACUCAAUACGAGAAAAUAAGAUGAACAGACUCACUGGAAUAAUUAAUUGCCUCAGUUAUUUGAGUCUAAUAGUGAAGAAAUAGUUACACAUUUUGAUUGAAGAUGAAAAAAAAAGGUGUCGUCGUGGGAUGUUUGAAUUGGAAAUGGAAAUAGCGUUACGUAGAUUUUCAAUAUUUAUUUUUCCUUUUAAAAUAUUACUAUUAGA